ACCAACUCUCCACUCUUGUUGGCAACUCAUCUUAUAAUCAAGAAUCAGAGGAAACAUAUCAUCUCUCUCCGCGACUCAUCCUCUUGAUUGUCAUAAUGGAGACACAGGCGGACAUACGAGGGAGAUCGCUCCUCGUGCCUUGUGUUCAGGACAUACUGAAGGCGAACCCGACCAUGGUCCCGAAGAGAUACAUCUGCGACAAUCAAGAGCAUCCUGUGAUCAUGGACGCUUGUUCCGGCUUGCCUCAAGUUCCUGUGAUCGACUUGGGGAGGUUGGUUUCGGAGGACAGUGCCAAGCCGGAGCUCGAGAAGCUGCACCAGGCCUGCAAGGACUGGGGUUUCUUUCAGCUGAUAAAUCAUGACGUGAGCCCUAAGCUGAUAGAAAUGAAGAAGGGGACUGAAGAACUGUUCAACAUGCCAAUGGAAGAGAAGAAGAAGUUUUGGCAGAGAGAGGGCGAAUCGGACGGCUUUGGACAGGCCUUUGUGCUCUCGGAAGACCAAAAGCUUGACUGGGCUGACAUCUUCUACAUGGUCACUCUCCCUGCUUCUCUCAGGAAGCCUCACUUGUUCCCCAAACUCCCUCUUCCCUACAGGGAUGAUCUGGACGCCUACUCAAAGGAAAUGCAAACCCUAGCGAUAAAGCUCCUUUACCUCAUGGCGAAGGCCUUAGGAAUGGAGGCAAAGGACCUUGAGGGCAUGUUCGAAGACGGGUUGCAAGGGAUUAGGAUGAACUAUUAUCCACCGUGUCCGAAACCCGAGCUUGUGAUAGGCCUCAACUCUCACUCCGAUGCCGACGCAAUUACCAUCCUCCUCCAGGUCAAUGAAAUGGAGGGCCUCCAAAUAAGGAAAGAUGGGAAGUGGAUUCCUGUGAAACCUCUCCCUGGUGCUUUCAUCAUCAAUGUUGGAGACAUUGUUGAGAUUAUAACAAAUGGGAUAUACCAGAGCAUUGAGCAUCGGGCAACUGUAAAUGCAGUGAAGGAAAGGGUGUCCAUCGCGACCUUUUUCAGUCCGAGAAUGGAUGCUGAGAUCGGUCCUGCGCCAAGCCUCAUCACCUCUGAGACCCCAGCACUAUUCAGGAGGAUAACGGUGGCAGAACAUCUGAGGGGCUAUCUAACGAGCAAGCUGCAGGGCAAAGCUUAUCUUGAUGCCAUGAGGGUUCAGCACGAAGAAGCCUAGAAGAGCCGAAUUGUAUCUAUUGAGCAUAAAUGUUAAACUUUAGACACGUUGAAAGGGCCUGACACCUGAUUAUAUGAGAUGGGUUAUGGAUCCUAGGGAUGUCCCUUUUGAGGUAGACAAUAAUGAGUUCAAAACACUUUCUGUCAUUCUCAUCUGUUGCUCGUCUGAACUAUCAGACCGUCUUAUAAAUCCAUGGCAUAGACUUUCUAUUC